AUGGCAUACCCCAGACGGACCGGAUACCUGCCGCCGGAGUUGAUGGACGAGAUCGACAAUUCUCUCGCGGCUCGCAAGCGUCAAGUCGCCGAAAGAAUAACCAGCCUUGAGGGUUUUCGCUUUCAGAGAUCUGGUGUGAUCAUCGAACGAUCCAUCAGAAACACAGAGAUUGUCGCCGCUCUCGCCAAGGACGGGAACUUGGUGUCUCGACAGACUGCGGAAGCACGUGCCGUAGCAUAUGUCAAGGGACUCCUCAUGGCAGCCAACAGGCUGUGGCCGCUGGUUGUCCAGACAGGCAAACGACUUUUCUUCCGCCAGCUGGCCCAAGGCUCCUUCAACAGGAUGGACGUAUCUCUAUCUCGGAACCAGAUCGAGCUCCUGCUCCCCGCCCUCGUGCGCGCCAGGGAGCACCACCUCGUACGAAUUGCGGCGCAGACCAACGCCCCGCCGACGCAGCAGUAUUCGGCACCGACAGACAUGACCGAGGCAGCGGCACAGUACCUGAUGGUUCGCAUGACGGAAAUCCUGCGCACCGAGGGCAUCGUCUUCAGAGGCGUGCCAAUGUCGCAGCGAGAAAGGGCCGAGAACCUCGUGCGCGCGAUGGCCUCGACACAUUGGCCGCUGCUUCUCUUCUGGGACACCGAGUCUCUCGGCCGCGUCGGCUAA